AUGGAGUUUACCAAGUGUAAGGAUUAUACAAAUGUUCCUGCAAUGAUGGAUCGAAUGGCUACAACUGUGACGCAGAACUCUAAAGAUAUCAAUAUGUUAGGACAGGUGGUUUUGGGGAUAGUGUUGGUGAUCAUAUUCUUUGCUUUGGUUGAGUGUGAAAGCUGUAGAGAGGCAGGGCUGUGUUGUACUGGACACAACAGGACCUGUCACUCACGGACUGGACACACUGACCAUUGUUUUUGUGAUGAUGCUUGUCAAGAGCUAGGGGACUGCUGUGGGGAUUUUCUAUUCACCUGUGUAAAUAGAGUAAAAUCUUAUCAAGUUCGUCGAAAACGGAGGUCGGCAGGAAUGAAAUGCGCACCUGUUGAUCUUAUGUUUGUAAUGGACGAAUCUGGAAGCGUUGGAUUUGCAAACUACAAGAAGAUGCUAAGAUUUGUCAGAGAUUUACUAAGAAACUUUAAAAUUGGACCAAGUGAUAUGAGGGUUGCUAUGAUCAAAUUUGGCUUUUAUGCAGACCUUGUGUUCAAUUUUUAUAACUAUGUAACCUUCUUAGAUAUACGUCAUACUUUGCAAAAUAUGGAAUCGAAUUACGCCGGAGGCGGAACUGAUACAGCAGCUGGUUUAAGACAGGCUCAGAUCAUUACCAGGUAUAGUCGUCCCAAUGCCGCCAAAGCUGCUAUUGUUUUAACUGAUGGACAUUCAAACAAUUGGAAGGCAACCAUAGACGAAGCAGGAAGUCUUCAACGCACAGACACUAAAGUAUUUUGUGUUGGUAUUGGAAGAUUUGUAAACUUGACAGAACUAAGAAUUAUUGCUAGUGACCCUGACUCUAAUUACCUUGUGACUACCAUCGACUUCAACGAUUUAUAUAACAAACUUCAACAUUUUAUUAAUGGUCUUUGUGAAGACAUUGAUGAAUGUCAGUCUUCACCUUGUGCAAAUGGGUUAUGUAUAAAUACUGUUGGAUCUUAUCACUGUAACUGCUUUACUGGUUGGACAUCAUUACACUGUGAUAAGGACAUUGACGAAUGUACUGAUAAGCCAAUCUACCCUUGUAUCCAUGGAGAUUGUGCCAAUUCCCCGGGAAGCUUCACGUGUAACUGUAAAACAGGGUUUACUGGUGAUGACUGCAGCAAAGAUAUAGACGAAUGCCUAAGCAAUCCUUGUCAGCAUGGAGUUUGUCAAAACACACCCGGAUCAUACCAAUGCUCCUGCAAUAAUGGAUGGAUUGGCAAACACUGUGACGGAGAUAUCGAUGAGUGUUUGACCUCGCCAUCGGUGUGUUGUAAUGGGGACUGUACAAACACAGCAGGCUCGUUUUUCUGUGGAUGUCAGCCAGGGUGGACCGGAAGUAUUUGUGAAAAGGACAUCAAUGAGUGCAAUUCAUUGCCUUGUGAAAAUGAUGGAGUGUGUGUCAACUUACCUGGUUAUUUUCUGUGCCGUUGUCGUGAUGGGUUUUCGGGAGCCUUAUGUCAAAAUGAUUUAUAA